UCCAGCAAAACCAGUAGCUAAGCUACCACUUCAUGCCACUGGUUUUUACAAAACUUAUCACACAACACAAUCACUUCUCACUUUAGAUUAUAUAAAAAGCAUCUUCACUCAAUAGCAUCUUCAAUCAAAACAAACCAAGCUACAAAGACUAUUUCUGUUUUAUCUACCAAUUAGCCAUACACUAUACAACUAAGAUUUCAAAUAAUUUCAUGAUGAGUUCAACAAGAAGAAUUUGGACAGUUGCAGCCAGUGUUGGAGUUGUAGAAGCCUUGAAGGACCAAGGUUUAUGCAGAUGGAAUUAUGGUUUAAGAUUAGCUCAACAUCAUGUUAAAAAUCAUUUGAGAUCUUUGUCUCAUGCAAAGAAGCUUUCUUCUUCUAAUUCUUAUGCUAUGGUUCCUAAUAGAUUAAAGGAGAAAAAGGCAAAGCAAUCAGAGGAAUCAUUGAGGGCAGUCAUGUACUUAAGAUGUUGGGGUCCUAAUAAUUAGAGCCAUUAAUGUUGUAACAUAUAUUGAUAUGUAAAUUUUGAUUAAUGGAAGAGUUAACAAAAUUCGAAAUUUUGUGUAUGUGUGUUCUUUAACAUCGUUUUGAAUUUUAAUUUCUCUGCUCGAUAAGAAAUUAUCAGACUCAAAGUAUAUAGAGGAAGAUCUAUAUAAAUCAUUUUUAAUUUAUCAUGAUCAAUUGAUCAUUAACUAUAAAAAUGUAUUUAGUUAGUCCUCUAGUUUGGUUGACUGUGAAAGAAAGAAAAAAAAGUAAGG